AUGUCCUCGCCUCAGGGCGUCCGCCAACGCGGCGGAACGAAAGAGAAGCGGCCUGUAACACCAACUGCAGCAGCACUGGCCAGUGACAAGAUUGAAGAAACGAUGGGCUUCGUCAAGGAAAAUACAGGUGGAGACUGGGACUACAAGAUUGGCCUCACUGUCAUCACUGUGCUAGCAUUCUUGACCCGCUUCUGGGGAAUCAGCCAUCCAAACCAGGUCGUUUUCGACGAGGUACACUUUGGCAAAUUCGCCUCGUACUAUCUUCAACGGACCUACUUCUUCGACGUGCACCCACCUUUCGGCAAGCUGUUGUUUGCCUUUGCCGGCUGGCUCGUGGGCUACGACGGCAGCUUUCUUUUCGAGAACAUUGGCGAUUCGUACAUUGACAACCAUGUCCCCUACGUCGCCUACCGAUCCAUGCCUGCCCUGAUGGGCGCUCUUACUGUAUCCGUGGUCUAUCUGAUCAUGUGGGAAUCGGGUUACAGUCUGCCCGCGACUCUGAUUGCCGCUUCGCUGGUCCUUUUCGACAACGCCCACGUUGGACAGACGCGUCUGAUUCUCCUCGACGCGACCCUCGUGCUAUUCAUGGCACUGAGUAUCCUCUGCUACAUUCGAUUUUACAAACUCCGCCAUGCGGCGUUCGGGAGAAAGUGGUGGAAGUGGCUGCUCCUGACGGGCAUCUGCAUGAGCUGCGUCAUUAGCACGAAAUACGUGGGAGCUUUCACCUUCUUCUCCGUGGGUGUGCCAGUUUUGAUCGAUCUUUGGGACUUGAUGGACAUCAACCGAAAGGGCGGUGCGUUGAGCUUGCAGCAAUUCUUCAACCACUUCGCCGCACGUGUGGGAGGCUUGAUUGUGGUACCCUUCUUGAUGUACCUUUUCUGGUUCCAGGUCCACUUUGCCAUUCUCUCCCGCUCAGGACCAGGUGAUGACUUCAUGACCCCAGCUUUCCAAGAGACUCUCUCGGACAACAUCAUGGCGCAGAACGCGGUGGGAAUCGAUUACUUUGACAACAUUUCGUUGCGGCACAAGGAGACCAAGGUCUACCUACACUCGCACGUAGACAAGUACCCUCUUCGUUACGACGAUGGACGCAUCUCGUCUCAGGGACAGCAGGUCACUGGAUACCCUCACAACGACACCAACAACCUCUGGCAAAUUCUUCCAGCCACGCCGAUUGAAGGGCUGGGCCACCACGUCAAGAAUGGUGACCACGUUCGUCUUCGUCACUUGGUGACUGAUGCCUUUUUGCUCACACACGAUGUUGCCUCGCCCUUCUUUCCAACCAACCAGGAGUUCACAGCGGUACCGGUCGAGGAUGCAAACGGUCCUCGGUAUAACGAGACUCUUUUCGAGAUCAAGAUUGACAACGGCAAGGAUGGCCAGGAGUUCAAGACACUCUCAUCACACUUCAAGCUUGUACACGUGCCUACCAAGGUUGCCAUGUGGACUCACAACACCCCUCUCCCAGAGUGGGGCUACAAGCAGGCCGAGAUCAACGGAAACAAGAACUCUCAGCAAACUUCCAACUCGUGGUUCGUCGAGGACAUCCAAGGCAUCCCCGAAGACUCUCCACGCUUGAUCAAGGAGGUUCGCCAGCCAAAGAGCAUGCCUUUUAUGAAGAAGUACAUUGAGCUUCAGCGCGCAAUGUUCCACCACAACAACGCCUUGACGUCUUCUCAUCCGUACGCAUCACAGCCGAUCCAGUGGCCGUUCCUGCUUCGCGGAGUCAGUUUCUGGACGGAAAACACCACUAAAAGCCAGAUCUACUUCAUGGGCAACCCGCUCGGAUGGUGGUUCGCUUCUGCGGUUCUGGCAGUGUUCGCUGGCAUUCUCUUCGCCGAUCAGAUGUCCGUUCGCAGAGGUGUCGAUGCGCUCGAUAGACGCACGCGCGGUCGCCUCUAUAACAGCACUGGCUUCUUCUUUCUCGUGUGGGGUGCUCACUACCUUCCCUUUUUCAUCAUGGGUCGCCAGCUCUUCCUCCAUCAUUACCUCCCCGCACACCUUGCAUCAUGCCUCGUGGCUGGCGCGAUCGUCGAGUUCGUCUUUAACAUUGAGCCCAACGAGAUCGCGAAUGUCUCCGCCACGAACCCUAUUGUGGAUGGCAAGAAGGGCAGCGCCGCUCAAGCCGUACAGCGUAGCAGACCCAUUCGGGAGAGAAUCGCAGGCCAAAGUCUCAUGGCUACAUGGGCUGCGAGUGGCGUCAUUGUUGCAGCGCUUGUUUGGAGUUUCUGGUUCUUCAGUCCAUUGACGUACGGCAGUCCUGGUUUGGAGGUCGAUCAGGUUCUGGCGAGGAAGUGGCUCAAUUACGACUUCCAUUUUGCCAAGUAG